CCACUUUCCUUUCGGCUUUAGCUUUUGGUUCCCCCAUUCCAUUCCCAGAUACCCAAAAAUGAGAAAUUAAUAUUAAUAAUUAAAAAUUUAAUUAAUAUUACAAAAAACAAAUAAAUAAAAUUAUUAUAUAUACAAAAAAAAAUGGAUGUAAUAACAUUUGGCGUCAUAAUUGCCAUAAUCGUGCUCUUUCUGGGGAUUGUUUGUUUCAUCACCAUUGAGGGCACUUGCAGACGCCGUUAAUUCCUUCACUCCCCCAAACACUCCCUUCCUCUUUCCUUUUCUUUUCCCAUCUCUGCUCGAAAAUGGCUUUUUCCAAUAGAGAAGUGGCUACUGUGCUUUUUGUGGUUUUGGGUUUGGGUUCUGCCUUGCUUUUGGAUCUGAGCUAUGCUUCUCAAGUCUCUCCAUCUCAUGGUGCUCACCGCUGUAGUCACGGACACGACCACGACCACGAUCACCACCACCACCACCACCAUGAGCAGAGUUCAGUCGAAUCGAAUCUUCUUCCAGAGGAAUUGGCUGAGGAGGAGGAUAUGAAGCUGUACGGGUUUGGGUCUCACGGUCACCACCACGACCAUGACCAUGAACAUGUACAUUUCGGAGUUUUACAGCUCACGGGUCCUGGUCUUUGGCUACAUGCAUUGGGAUGCUCUUUUUUGGUGAGCAUGGCUUCCCUCAUUUGCUUAAUUAUCUUGCCAGUAGUGUUUGUUAAAGGGAAACCAUCCAAGACAGUUGUUGAUUCAUUGGCUUUAUUUGGGGCUGGAGCUAUGCUAGGGGAUGCUUUUCUUCACCAACUACCACAUGCCUUUGGGGGUGCACACUCACACUCUCAUGAUCACCAUGAGGAUCAUGACCAUGAUGAUCAUUCUGGACACUCACAUGCACAUUCGCUAGCAGAUCUUUCUGUAGGAUUGUCCAUCCUUGCUGGAAUUGUACUUUUUCUUCUAGUAGAGAAGGUAGUGAGGUAUGUUGAAGAUAAUUCUGGAGGAACUGAUACAUGGGGUCACACUCACCACCACCAUCAUAAGAAAAGUAAGAAGUUGAAGGAUGAUGGCUCUGAUGAUGACAUUCAGUCAAAAUCUUCCACUGAUAACGAUAAGAUAGCACUGGAAAAGUCAUCUGAAGUUUCAGAUGAAUUGCUGCACGAUUCAUUGAAGGAAGAUGCUCAAAAUGGAUCUCAUAUUAGGAAGAGGCGCACUACUAUCGAUGGUGAGAAUGAUAAACAAGAUGUAGAUGCAGCUAAACUCUCAUCUGCUGAUGUUAAAACUCCAAAAGAAGAAGAUGCUCAAGCACCUAGCAAUCUUGUCUUCGGUUAUCUCAAUCUCUUCUCUGAUGGUGUUCACAAUUUUACUGAUGGAAUAGCUUUAGGAAGUGCUUUCUUGCUUUAUGGUUCAGUUGGCGGAUGGUCUAGAACUCUCUUCUUGCUUGCUCAUGAGAUUCCUCAAGAGGUUGGAGAUUUUGGUAUCUUAGUAAGGUCGGGUUUUAGUGUAUCUAAAGCCCUGUUUUUCAACUUUCUCUCGGCGCUCGUUGCACUAGCAGGAACAGCACUGGCUCUGCUCUUGGGACAAGAUCCAGGACAGUCAUCUUUGAUUGAGGGAUUUACAGCAGGUGGAUUUAUCUACAUUGCUGUGGCUGGGGUGCUUGCAGAGAUGAAUAGCAGUAGCAAGCCCACCCUGAAAGGUAUAAUAGGGCAGUUGACCUCAUUGAUACUUGGCAUGGGGGUUGCUCUAUGUAUUUCUCUUGUAGAAUGAAAUGUAAAUUUAUAACAUAUAUUUGUGGCAAAAAUUCUUAAAAUAUUUGCGGUGAAAGCACCAAAUUUAUUAUGUUUGUAGCACUUAAUUAUCCAAGUUAUUUUUUUAGUAGCGAAAAUAUCUUUCGUUCA